GUCAGCUAAAGCCUGGUGCAGGUAGAGACCUUAAUCCGCGCACCGUCACGCACACGCAGCUCCUCACUUAAGCCUGUCUUUCGUCUGGUUCAGAAGACUUAACUGGGGCUCGUCAUGGCUUUUGCAAGCUGGUGGUACAAGACGCAUGUUUAUGAAAAAAACAGUGGAACCCCCUCCAAGGCAGGGGAGAAGAAAUGGUCUGAAACAACUGAGGAAAAAACAGCAAGUCACAGUAGCAGUCGCCCCUCCAGGAUCUCUGCAAGUAGAACAGCCUCUAGUAAGGCAUCUACUUCCUUUCCUGCCUCAACCAGUACUCUCAGUAUGAAUCCCACAGAAACCAAGACCAAAGGACUACAUUAUCAUGACAAGAAAAGGAAAAAUCCCCAGGCUAAAAAGACGGAAACUGAAGAAAAAUCACAGUCAACCAAGGCUACUGAGGCUCAUGGGAAAGAUGCUCAUGAAGAAAAGGCAAAGGGGGACAAAAAGCAAAAAAGCCCUUCUAAGCAGUUGUUGGCCACAGGAAGUAAGGAUUCUCCUGCUGGAAAAGAAACCCUCAAACCCUCUGACCAACCAACACCAGAGAAACCGACAGAAGGCCCCCAGAACAAAGAAGAUAAAUCCCUACCUCUAUCUGCACCAGUAAAAGCUGAGUUCAAUAAACCUUCUGAAAAGAGUUCCUUAGAUGAUGCUUUAGAUGACUUAAUAGACACAUUAGGAGGACCUGAAGAAAAUAAACCUGAAAGUCCAAAAUAUACAGGACCUCCCGUUUCGGAAUCACUUUCCUCCACUUACAUAGAAGAAUUGGGCAAAAGGGAAAGUACAAUUCCACCAGAAUACAGAAAGCUAUUGGAAAGUCAUGAAGGGGAAGCCCCAGGUCCACCAGACACUGAGAAACCAAUGGGAGAAGAUGAAGCUAUUGAUUCCCUGUCAUCAGACUUCACUUGUAGUUCUGCAGCUCCGGGCAAGACAACAGAUAAAGAGAAAGCUUCAGAAGAAGAAGUUUUAAAAGCCCAAUCGGUAGACCUAGUCAAAAGUCCUCUUCCUCCAGAUGAGAAGAAACGAAGGAUAGAAGAGUUGUACUCAGAGACAGCCUCCAAACAAGCCCUAGAUGAUCUUUGUGAAACACUUGACACACCAGAAGCUGAGCCUGAGAUAGAUACAAGUUCCUACAAAGAAGUUGAUGAGGCAAAAUCCAGAGAAGAAAGACUAAAGAAGUGUGGCGAGCGUGAGGAUACCCUCCCAGUCGACUACCAGUUAAAACCAGCAACGGAUAAAGAUGGAAAACCUCUAUUACCAAAGCCUGAAGAAAAACCCAAGCCUGUGAGUGAAUCCAAACUUGUUGAUGAGUUAUCCAAAGAUUUUGAAAGUUCUGAACCUCAAGGAAAGCAACCUAAACCAGCUGACAAAACAAAAAAAUCCGAGACUCCAGCCCAUGCUCCUGUGAAAGAAGUUGUUUCAAAAACUUACAUGUGCAUAGUGCAGGAAACCCCUCAAAAACCUGCUUCAAAGCCUGGAGAGAUGCCAGAUGAUGCUGUGGAAGCCUUGGCCGGCAGUCUAGCAAAGAAAGAAAUAGAUCCAGAAGAAAAGAAACCUGCAGUGGAUAAAGUAAAGGAGAAAUCCAAAGAAGAAAAGCGGGAAAAAGUAGGUGAAAAAGAGGAAACAAUCCCUCCUGAAUACAGAUUAAAAGAAGCAAAGGAUGAAGAUAGAAAACUGCUUGACAAAAAACAGAAUGAAAAAAUUUUACCUAUGAGUGACAAUGAUAUCCUCGAUGCUUUGUCGGAGGGCUUUUCAUGCUCGGAAGCACCUGUAACCCAUGCGGCCGUAUCUGUAGCACAAAAAUCCAAAGAUGAGAAACAUUCUACUGAGGCCGCUGUGAUGGCUGACCCCACACCAGCACCUACAACGGGCUCUGCAAGUCCACCUGAUGCCUCACAAAAAGAUCAGGGGCUUGAUGAUGCAUAUGAUCAACUCUCUCAAUCCCUUGGAGAAAAAGAGCCAGACCCUGAUGAGAAUAAGCCGAUGGAGGAUAAAGUAAAGGAAAAAGCUAAAGCUGAACAUAGAGAUAAGCUGGGAGAAAGAGAUGACACCAUACCCCCUGACUACAGGCAUCUUCUUGAUAACAAUGACCAGGGUAAUGCAGUAAAGCCACCACCCAAGGAUCCCAAGAAUUCUGCAGAUGGUGGGGACCCCAUUGACACACUGUCAGGAGAGUUUGGUAACUGUCCCCAGACUCCAUCUCCAGAAGGUCCACAGAAAUUGACAAAAAAAAAAGAUGAAAAGGAUGUUUCCAGCACCCAACCUGCUAAGAACGGUGGAAAAUCCAAGGCAAAAGAGAAAUCUUCCAGGUCAAAAGCCGAUGGAGAAAAGACAAGUUAAAAGUGCAGACUACUGGGCUAUCUUCAUAUGCUAGAAAAUCUUCAUUCAAAUGGUGGAUGGUGACUUUAAGCAAACCAAAGCCUCUUGCAGCAGAUAGCAAUUAUUCAGGGUGGCUGUUGUACAGUGGUAUUUGUGGAGUCUUUCGACAUUCUGAAAUUUUUAGUUCCAUGUUCUUUUCCAGGAAAUGACUGGGAUAUGUCUUGGUUGCCUGUAUUAUUGUACUAAGCAUUGAUAAACUUUUUUUUUAUUUUCUUCAUUUGGGAGGGAAAGGAUGCUUUAUAUUUUUAAGAAAUAUAUUUCAUAGAAAGUUACUUAUGGCAACCAAAAAAAGUCUGCAAACUUUUGCACAUAUUCUCCACACAGUGCCUGUCAAUUUAAUAGGUUUCUUCUGGUUUCCAAUAUUUUUUUAAAACAUUUGAGAAAUGCUUUCGAUGUUCUGGAAUGUUCUGAUUGCUGGUUACCCUUUGCCCCUUGUACCAGACAUUUCCUUGGGUGAAUGACCAAUAAAAAUUUAUAGGUCAAAUAUGGAAUAUUGUGUAAGGUGCACACAUCUCCACCAUGGCUGCUGAUAAUAAAAGAACAAUGACAACCCUUUUCUAUAGAGCACGGAGCAAAAUAUAUCAUGUGACUUUUUUCUCCUCAGUUCUUCUCCCUUUUUCCCAGAAGGCAGGCUUUCCAGGGCUUGCAUGCAUAAAGCAUACUGAGGCUCAGGUGGGAAGAUCAUUACCAGAACAGAACAUGGCCAAUUCCUGUCACCCUGUGACAAGAACAGACUCAGAGCUAAUGUCAAGCACGGAUAGAAAUAAGUUCUUAGAAUGCAUUUGUGCCUUCAACAAUUCAUUUUUGUUUUCAUAUUCAGUUCUGCAUGUCAUUGGAGAUAAACGCAGGUGUCUCUCUUCAUCAUAUAAGACUUGAAUAUAAUUUUUAAAAGCAAUAUUAAAAUGUUAGUCUUUGCACUGUACAGACUUUAAGAAAAUUAAGUUCGUCAAGUAAGGACAAAAAUAAUUUUGCUGCUUAAAAAAACAAACCAUGAAACUUGGUGUUUCAUCUCCCUACAACAAUUUGAGUCAAGCUCUGAGGUUUUAGAACAAUGUUUCAUUUCAAGGAACUGUGAAGCACCCUGAGGUGGAGGGUUGGGUUUGGUUUAGGUUUAAUGAGCCUUCUAUUGAUAUUGAGCAUUAAAAAUAGUUUUACAAGGCUUUCCCUACAUGGGCUCUUCCAAAGUUUUGUUUAAGAGUGUACCAUUGCAGAAAAUCUGAGAACCACUGUUCUGGAGGUAUGAAUGGCUAAUAAAAUGUUUUGAAGGUAAA